GGCCUCGAGUGCUUCUGUAAAUUUCAUUAUCUUAACUUGUUGGGGCACGUUAUUCGCGUGUACACGGCGUGUGCCAAUAUGCUCUUGGCUGGUGAAAGUGUGGAGCUAUGGUCAGGACAGCGUUUGAUCAUGAUCUCCCGCAAUGAUGAGCAUCGACCGCUGGCUCGUUUUGGAGCCACCAUUGCCAUGGCUCCAGACUGCUCUGCAGUCUUAGUGAUGGGUGGCAUUGAAGGACACAUUAUUGGAGGUAUUUGCUUGAGGGAAGUUUGGCGCUUCGACGUGGAUUUGCAAAGCUGGGAUCGGCUGGAAGAGCCACCUUGGACUCCUCGACGUGGUGCCAUACCGGUAGUGUGUGAAGGUCGACUCCUGUUGGUGGGCGGAACGGGGCUCGAUGCUCAUCCAGUUCGGGAAAUUUGGGCUGCGGAGAUGGACAGAUGGUGUCCAAAGAACUGGCGGCCGACAUCCAAAGAUGUACCAUGGGAAGAUGCCGUGUGUGCACUUUGGGUACCGAGCUCACAGAACAUCCACUAUGGAGGCAGUCUCCUCUUGUUUGACUCCGCGGGCGCUCUUUGGUCUAGCAAAGAUGAAGGGAGAACCUGGACCAAGCUUGUUUCAAAAUUGCCUUUCGGGCAAGAAGCUGAGCAGGUGGCCUUUGUUCGAUGUUGCAAUGGCUACCUAGUGGCCGUGACUAUGUCCACAAAGGUUUGGCUAUCGUUUGAUGGGAUAACUUGGGCAACUGCAGAUGCCGGACGGGAUCAUACCAGACGACCCUUACAAGAGCAUGGCGCACAAGGUAAAAGUGGCAAGAGCAACUUCCUUCCACUUUCUGACAGACCACCAGGUCUACGCUGCCAAGUCACCGACGUGGUGACUUGCGAUACAUCGGAGAUCUUGAUUGUUGCUCGGAACCGCGAGACUUGUCAGUUGACUCUUUGGCGAUUAUCUCUACAGGAGGAAUGUCGUGCUUGCUGGCAAUGCCUCGUGCCGCAAAUCCAUAUCUAUCCAGGAUUUUCAUCUGUGAAUCAACUUGUGGCAGCGGGCCGUGCGGUGGUGGAAACGCCACAUGGCCCUGAAGUGCGAGCUGUGUUUGUGGAAUUUAAUCCAAUCAAUGAAUUCACCAUUUGGCGUGCAAGCCCAUUGCCUGUGGAUCGCCAUCGGGCCAUGCUAGAUCGCUUAGGGUCUUCCCAGACCAAGGUGGAUGUGUUUACGUGGCAGAUCCACAUCAUGGGUGCUCUUCUUCCUUGCAUGGGCAACGACUGGAUUCCUCGUGGUUUGGCAAAUGGUUCCACUCUUGAACUGCCUUACCAGAAGGAUGACGAAUGGAACUAUUGGCACUGAGAUGGUCGCUUUGCGGGCCGUUUGAUGGUGCCCGGGGCCUCCGCCAUUUAAACUCAGGCGAUUAUUCUUUUGAAUCAAUCCGAUGACUCAUUUUACUUGAUAUCCUCAC